CGUACGCACGUACGUCACACGCGCAGCGUCAAAGCCUCGCCGACCAUGGCGGAAUGUGGUCGAGUUGACUGCCGUACAAGUAGUCAUACUAUGGAUAAAAGCAUUACUCUUCCGCCCGAUGAAAUAUUCCGGAAUUUGGAGAACGCAAAGCGGUUUGCAAUAGACAUAGGUGGAUCUCUCACAAAGCUUGCCUACUAUUCAACUGUGCAGCACAAAGUAGCCAAAGUACGAUCUUUCGACCACACUACAAAGGAGGCUCCCAGUGACAAGCUCUAUGAAAUAUCUGUGCAGGAAGAGGUCACUGCACGCCUGCACUUUAUCAAAUUUGAAAAUGCUUACAUUGAAACAUGCUUGGAUUUCAUCAGAGACCACCUGGUCAACACAGAAACCAAAGUUAUCAAAGCCACAGGCGGAGGGGCACACAAGUUCAAGGAGCUCAUUGAGAGGAAGCUUGGGCUCAAAGUGGACAGAGAGGAUGAGAUGACCUGCCUCAUCAAGGGCUGUAACUUUGUGCUGAGGAACAUUCCCCAUGAAGCUUUUGUGUACGCCAAGCACGCGGACCCAGAGUUCCGCUUUCAAACGACUCAUCCAGACAUCUUUCCUUACCUGCUUGUAAAUAUUGGUUCUGGAGUGUCCAUAGUCAAGGUUGAAUCAGAAGACAAAUUUGAGCGAAUAGGAGGAAGCUCAAUAGGUGGAGGGACGUUCUGGGGCCUUGGAGCCUUGCUCACCAAAACAAAGAGAUUUGACGAGUUGCUACAACUGGCCUCAAAAGGACAGCACACAAAUGUCGAUAUGCUUGUCAAAGAUAUUUACGGAGGAUCGUACAGGUCUUUGGGCUUAACAGGAGAUCUUAUUGCCAGCAGUUUCGGGAAGUCUGCUACUGCUGAUAAAGAGUUUUCUAAAGAAGACAUGGCAAAGAGCUUACUCCAUAUGAUUAGUAACGACAUUGGGCAGCUGGCCUGUCUGUAUGCCAAACUCCACAACCUGUCCAGAGUGUACUUCGGAGGCUUCUUCAUCAGAGGACAUCCUGUCACCAUGCACACCAUCACCUAUAGCAUUAACUUCUUCACAAAGGGUGAAGUUCAGGCCUUGUUCCUGAGACAUGAAGGCUAUCUCGGAGCCAUUGGAGCCUUUCUUAAAGGAGCAGAAGAAGACAAUCCAAACCAGUACAGCUGGGGUGAGAAUUAUGCUGGAAGCUCAGGCCUGAUGAGUGUUUCUCCAGAAAUGAAUCCCAUGCAACGUGCACGUAGUGGAACGUUUGACAUGUUGGAGAUGGAUCGUCUGGACAGGCAGCUGGUGAAUCUGCCUCUGCUGCAAGACCCUUCCUCUUAUAUUCCUGAUACCAUGGACCUGACAGAGGAUGCUUUGGCCCGCGAGUACUGGCUCUACUGUUUUGAGGACGCCCUCGACGGGGUGGUUAAGAGAGCUGUAGCAAGCCAGCCUGACAUGCCGGAGGCAGCUGAGCGAGCUGAGAAGUUCCGUCAGAAAUACCGACACAAGCUCCAGACCCUCCGCCACCAGCCUUUUGCUUAUGGAUCCCUCACUGUCAGAAGUCUGUUAGACACAAGGGAACACUGUUUAAACGAGUUCAACUUUCCUGAUCCAUACUCUAAGAUUAAACAGAAUGAGAACGACAUUGCUCUCAGGUACUACGGGAAGGCAGUGAAGUCCCUGGAGGAGUUGAGCUGGGAGGAGAGACAGUUUGCCCUGGUCAGGGGCGUCCUGGCUGGGAAUGUGUUUGACUGGGGUGUUUUACUCUUUUCAGAUGUCCUGGAAUCUGAUCCCGAGUUUGGGUUUGAGGAGGCUAAACGACAGUUGGAAGAGCGGCCAUGGCUUAUUGAUUCAUAUGACCAGUGGCUGGAGAGACUAAAGGGGCCUCCUCAUAAGUGUGCCUUGUUUUUCGUAGAUAAUAGCGGAGUAGACAUUAUUCUAGGGGUGAUGCCUUUUGUCAGAGAGCUUCUCUCUCGAGGUACAGAGGUUGUGCUGGCAAGCAACUCUGGUCCGGCUCUGAAUGACGUAACGAAUGGCGAACUGCAAAUACUGACGGAAAGAAUUGCCGCUAUGGAUCCGGUGGUUCAAGCUGGUCUUUGGGAAGACAGGCUGACACUGGUCCAGAGUGGUUCCAGCUCUCCCUGUCUGGAUCUGAGUCGUCUGGACAAGGUGCUGGCGACGGUGGUGCGGGAGCGUCAAACCGACCUGGUGAUCAUUGAGGGCAUGGGCCGAGCCAUACACACCAAUUACUACGCGAUGCUCAGCUGUGAGAGCCUCAAAAUGGCCGUCAUCAAGAACUCAUGGCUGGCUGACCGGCUGGGAGGGAAGCUGUUCAGUGUGGUCUUCAAGUACGAGGUACCGGCGGGAGAAACUAGUCAGUUCUCUGCAGCGCUGACGCCCUCAUGAGUGGGACAGAGCUCAUGUUUC